UUCGCUUCCCUCCGGUUUUCUGAUUUAUCAACUUCUCAAUUCCCCACACGUUCCUCAGCCAUGCUGGGGUUGGGUCGCCUGGCUCUCAUCUGCCCCUUAUGCCCCCACUAGGCACGCCUUUCCGCCGCCCCUCUGCCUAUCCUCCGGCCGGCCCUCAAUUCGCGUCCACCCCGCGCUUCCUGCUUUCUCAACGCACUUCUGGUCCUAAUCGAGGUACACAGGACAGCAAUGACUCGAUUGAUGCGGAUGAUGUCGAUUUAUUGUCCACGCCGGUCGCCACAAAACGAGGAAGAACUCCUGCGACGCGACGGGAAGAUGUCAUUGAUGAUCGAGACGACGACAGCGAGGAUGUAGACGACAAUGGAAGGAGGGAUACUGUCAGCAGCAGUCUUCCACAAGAUGCUGGUCUCCUCGAUGAGGAGUUCGAGGCAUUGUUCGGGCUGACAACAGAUCGCUCAAAGCGACGUCGCGUUUCUACCCCGAUAAACAACACGGAGACGCCGGUACAGUCUCGGAGGAAACCACCAAUCGAUACAAUCGUGCCCUCGUCCCCUCCAUCGCCUGCCGGAUCACCUGCGGUUGAGCCGGAUCUGUACACCCCAGGACCUUCCCGUCCAACUGCCACCCCGAUGAAAGUUUCGACUCCCAACACACAACCUCCAUCAGCUCUCCGCAGCCAACCACGUUUUGUACUCUCCGCAACUGAUGCUCAUCCUCAAAGUAGUCAGCUUCCACCGCCCGGUUCCAGAUCACAUCUACAAAGCAGUACACCGAACCCGCCCCGCAAACCCGCCUUCGUCCUCCCGCGUCCCCCUUCACCGUCGCAAGUAGACAACUCAGCGGCCGCCAUCCCGACCCCGUUCUCCCCCUCCUCGCGCAUACUGGGGCGUCGCGGCCGUCCACGAGACGGCGGCCCAACAUACUCUGCCGGCGGUAUGGCCGCUGAGGUGCGCAGUUGGAUCCUGGACAUGGGGGCCAAGCGCGACCAAGCGAAUAUGACGACCGUCUCCUCUCGCCCGGCCCCAGACGUGCACGAUUAUGCUCUCGCUGUGAAGGUCAUGAGUGUCCAGCAGACAUCACUGACCAGCUCUGGGCCCUUGGCCUUCGUAAGGGGACAUCCCAUUCUCUCAUUGUCAUCAGAGGAGACCCAAGGACAGGCCGACUCUGAACCUACUAAGAAUGUCGUACUCUUUGGUUCCCCUCGUGCGCGGCCCACUGCAUCGCCAACCGAGCAGGUCAUACGGAGUCGAGUUCCCGAUCUACAACCGGGAAGCUUGAUUGGGGUGUGUCGGGGGCUGGUCUGGGAGAUCGAUUUGAGUGAUCUCGGGCUGGAAGGUGCUGUUGAUUCUGCUAGUGCAGGGAAAUGGCUUGUGGGUAUGGAGUGGGACUUGAUUUCCUAGCUCUGCGACUAGAUGUGGUUUACAUUUAGGACUUGUAUGAUAUUUAUGAUACCCGGCGUAAGGAAGCUAUAGACCGCAAUGAGACUUUUUACUUGCUGCA